UUUGAAUUUAAUCAUGAAAUCCAUCAACCGGUAGUUGACCAUAAUCAGCAGCUGAUUUAACAGCUAUGGUUUUUUCCUUCUUUUUUAACACUCUUUUUCUUGUAUUACUACAUUUUUCUUCACUCCUACAAAAUGCUGCCUAAUUAUUCUACCUUGGUUCUACAGCUAAAGCUGAAAAUGCUGCUACUAAUCCUCCUCAUUCACACUCUCAUCUUCACCACAACAUCGUCGGACCUGACCACCGAUCGCGCCGCCCUUUUAGCCUUUCGUUCCGCCGUAGGUGGUCGUACAUUCCUCUGGAACAUUUCCAACACCACCUCCCCAUGCAACUGGGCUGGUGUACAAUGUGAAAACAACCGCGUCACCGUUCUCCGGCUACCUGCCUCCGCUCUCUCCGGUAAACUUCCGGUGAACACCAUCUCCAACCUCACGCGCCUCCGUACACUCAGCCUUCGUCUCAACAACCUUUCGGGUCCUCUCCCUUAUGAUCUUUCCAAAUGUGUUGAGCUUCGUAAUAUUUAUGUUCAGGGCAACUAUUUUACCGGCCCAAUUUCUUUUCUCUUUGGGCUUCGCUCUUUAGUUCGGUUAAACCUUGCUCACAACAACUUUUCCGGUGAAAUACCAUCCGGGUUUAACAAUUUGACCCGGUUGAGAACACUUCUUCUCGAAAGGAACCAUUUUUAUGGGUCUUUACCUGAACUAAAGUUUACCAAUCUAGAACAGUUUAAUGUGUCUUUUAAUAAAUUAAAUGGUUCUGUUCCAAGAAGUUUGGAGUCAAUGCCUAUGGAUGUUUUUCUUGGGAAUUCACUCUGUGGGAAGCCACUUGGUAUUUGUCCAGGAGGUGGGGCCCAGCCUGCAAUAGCUACUGCUGGAAUUGAAAUUGGGAAUUCAACUAAGAAAAAUAAGUUGUCCAGUGGAGCUGUUGCUGGUGUUGUAAUUGGUUCUGUUGUGGGAUUUCUUGUUUUGUUGUUACUUUUGUUUGUAUUAUUUAGGACAAAAAAUGGUAAAAAAAUGAGGUCUUUUGAGGCUGCUAUAAUUAAGCAAACAGAAACAGAAGUUUCAGUGGAGAAGCAAAUUGUGGAAUCAGAGAAUGGAGGUGGAAAUAAUGGCUAUUCAGUGGCAGCAGCAGCAGCAUUGAAUACUGGUGAAAAUGGAGCUAAAAAGCUUGUGUUUUUUGGAGAUUAUUAUAAAGCAUUUGGUUUGGAGGAUUUGUUGAAAGCAUCUGCUGAGGUUCUUGGUAAAGGAACAUUUGGAACAGCUUAUAAGGCAGUUUUGGAGAUAGGUACAAUUGUUGCUGUUAAGAGAUUGAAAGAUGUGGCUAUCUCUGAAAAGGAGUUCAGGGAAAAAAUUGAAAUAGUUGGAGCAAUGAAUCAUGAGAAUUUGGUGCCUCUUAGAACAUAUUAUUACAGUGGAGAGGAGAAACUUCUUGUGUAUGAUUAUAUGCCAAUGGGGAGCUUGUCUGCACUUCUUCAUGGAAGCAAGGGAGCUGGAAGAACACCGUUGAAUUGGGAAAUCAGGUCAAGUAUAGCCCUGGGAAUUGCACAAGGCAUCGAUUACCUACACUCUCAAGGUCCUAAUAUCUCCCACGCGAAUAUUAAAUCAUCUAAUGUUCUUCUCACCAAAUCAUACGAAGCACGAGUCUCAGAUUUUGGCCUAGCUAACUUAGUUGGACCGCCAUCCUCCCCUACUCGAGUAGCAGGAUAUCGUGCUCCAGAGGUAACAGAUCCUCGUAAGGUUUCCCAAAAGGCAGAUGUCUAUAGCUUUGGAGUAUUACUAUUAGAACUUCUAACUGGGAAAGCACCUACUCAUGCACUCUUGAAUGAAGAAGGUGUUGACUUACCAAGGUGGGUUGAAUCUGUAGUUCGCGAGGAAUGGCCUUCUGAAGUUUUCGAUAUUGAACUCCUCAGAUACAAGACUGCUGAAGAAGAGAUGGUCCAACUAUUGCAGCUAGCAAUAGAUUGUACUGCUCAAUAUCCUGAUAAUCGACCUUCAAUGUCCGAGGUCUCUAAGAGGAUUGAAGAGCUUCGACGUUCAACCUUGCGUGAACACUCUGAUCUUGUCAAUGCAACAGAUUAGAUUUGUCCUUAGUCCCUUGAAAAGUGCAGUAAUUAAACGAAAAUCAGAUUCAUUACCAUCAUACUGAGGCCAACUUUUAAGCAUAUUGAGCUUGUUGUUUGUUGUCUGAAAUGAAUUUAAAUGGAGAAACAUGGUCAGCGAGUUCAUGUAUCCAACCCAAACUUAUUUGGACUGAGGCAUAUUUGUUAGGAUGUUUUAUGCAAAUCUUCGCUCACCAAAACCUGACAAGUUAGAAUCUUUAGUUCUUGGUAAGCGUAUUGUUCUACAUUAUUCCCUGUUUGAUUAAAUUUUUCAAUUGAGUUGAGUACAGCAUUUCACCCUCAGCAGGACGGACAGUCCGAGCGCACUAUUCAGAUAUUGGAGGACAUAUAGUUGUUGUUAUUGAACUUGUUAUUUAUUAGGGAGGUCUUUAUUUCAUUUUGUAUUAACAGAUUAUGGCCCCUUUUGUCAAAGUCCCUAUUGUACUUGAGCCUUUCAUUUUCAUUUUGGGGCGCCAAUAUCUGUACCAUUUAUUCUUGUUGGUAGAUAAUGCUUUCUGUAAUUAUUAGUACUUCAGCUUUUACUUUUGCCUUUUCUUUUUCUAACUGUCAGUGACAGUUAUAAGAGGCAUGCGUGCAUGUGAUUCUGGAUAUGCUGAAGCCAGUAGGAAGAUUACAGUGAUGUAGAGUUGUUUUCAAUGACAAAG